CCGAGGCGCUAGCAGGGGCUUUUACUACUCUUCACCCGCUUCCCCAGCCCAGAACGCCCCCCUUCCCUCUAUCCCACCACCCACCACUCGGUCCCCCGCAUCCACCCCGCCCCUCUAUCCCGCCCCCUUCACCCCAGGCUGGGGAAUCUCCAUUGACGUUUGGGUGACGCUGCUGUGCUGCCGCCGUGGGGGGGUGGGGGGGAGUCCAGGCGCCGCACAGGUAACGCCGCCGCUGCCGCCAUAUUGACAUAGCAGGGAGCGGGGAGGGGACCCAAGGAAGCGGGGUGUUGGGGGGAGUCACCACCGAGCGGCCGUCGUGGUGGUGGCAGUGGUGAGCGCGAACCGAGCGGCAGCUCUUGAAGAGGCAGCACAGAGUUGUCUUCCUAUGGGAAUCACCGGGCGGCGGCGACGGCGACCCCCCGCUCCCAGCCUCUGAGAGACCCGUCGGCGAGCGCAGCGGUAGCUGAAGGCGGGGCUGGGGGUCGCCGCGGUAGCGGCGGCGGCGGCAGCGGCGGCAGCGGCAGCGGCGGGCCAGUUCCUUAGACAGGAUGCGCGGCCGCGCCAGCGGUAGGCGGCAGCUCCUGUUCGAGUGCUCCUGAAGGGGAGAUGCUACCAUUCGCUCCUCAGGACGAGCCCUGGGACCGAGAAAUGGAGGUGUUCAGCGGCGGCGGCGGCGCGAGCAGCGGCGAGGUAAAUGGUCUUAAAAUGGUUGAUGAGCCAAUGGAAGAGGGAGAAGCAGAUUCUUGUCAUGAUGAAGGAGUUGUUAAAGAAAUCCCUAUUACUCAUCAUGUUAAAGAAGGAUAUGAGAAAGCAGAUCCUGCACAGUUUGAGUUGCUCAAGGUUCUUGGUCAGGGGUCAUUUGGAAAGGUUUUUCUUGUUAGAAAGAAGACCGGUCCUGAUGCUGGGCAGCUCUAUGCAAUGAAGGUGUUAAAAAAAGCCUCUUUAAAAGUUCGAGACAGAGUUCGGACAAAGAUGGAGAGGGAUAUACUGGUGGAAGUAAAUCAUCCAUUUAUUGUCAAAUUGCACUAUGCCUUUCAGACUGAAGGGAAACUGUACUUAAUACUGGAUUUUCUCAGGGGAGGAGAUGUUUUCACAAGAUUAUCCAAAGAGGUUCUGUUUACAGAGGAAGAUGUGAAAUUCUACCUUGCAGAACUGGCCCUUGCUUUGGAUCAUCUGCACCAAUUAGGAAUUGUUUAUAGAGACCUGAAGCCAGAAAACAUUUUGCUUGAUGAAAUAGGACAUAUCAAAUUAACAGAUUUUGGACUCAGCAAGGAGUCAGUAGAUCAAGAAAAGAAGGCAUACUCAUUUUGUGGUACAGUAGAGUAUAUGGCUCCUGAAGUAGUAAAUAGGAGAGGCCAUUCCCAGAGUGCUGAUUGGUGGUCAUAUGGUGUUCUUAUGUUUGAAAUGCUUACUGGUACUCUACCAUUUCAAGGUAAAGACAGAAAUGAAACCAUGAAUAUGAUAUUAAAAGCAAAACUUGGAAUGCCUCAAUUUCUUAGUGCUGAAGCACAAAGUCUUUUAAGGAUGUUAUUCAAGAGGAAUCCAGCAAAUAGAUUGGGUUCAGAAGGAGUUGAGGAAAUCAAAAGACAUCUAUUUUUUGCAAAUAUUGACUGGGAUAAAUUAUAUAAAAGAGAAGUUCAGCCUCCUUUCAAACCUGCUUCUGGAAAACCAGAUGAUACUUUUUGUUUUGAUCCUGAAUUUACCGCAAAAACACCUAAAGAUUCUCCUGGUUUGCCAGCCAGUGCAAAUGCUCAUCAGCUCUUCAAAGGAUUCAGUUUUGUUGCAACUUCUAUUGCAGAAGAAUAUAAAAUCACUCCUAUCACAAGUGCAAAUGUAUUACCAAUUGUUCAGAUAAAUGGAAACGCUGCACAAUUUGGUGAAGUAUAUGAAUUGAAAGAGGAUAUUGGUGUUGGCUCCUAUUCUGUUUGCAAACGAUGCGUACAUGCAACUACUAACAUGGAAUUUGCAGUAAAGAUCAUUGACAAAAGUAAGCGAGAUCCUUCAGAAGAGAUUGAAAUAUUGAUGCGCUAUGGACAACACCCCAACAUCUGCAUUCUUUUGUAGGUCUUUGAUGAUGGUAGAUAUGUUUACCUUGUUACGGAUUUAAUGAAAGGAGGAGAGUUACUUGAUCGUAUUCUCAAACAAAAAUGUUUCUCAGAACGGGAGGCUAGUGAUAUACUGUAUGUAAUAAGUAAGACAGUUGACUAUCUUCAUUGUCAAGGAGUUGUUCAUCGUGAUCUUAAACCUAGUAAUAUUUUAUAUAUGGAUGAAUCAGCCAGUGCAGAUUCAAUCAGGAUAUGUGAUUUUGGGUUUGCAAAACAACUUCGAGGAGAAAAUGGACUUCUCUUAACUCCAUGCUACACUGCAAACUUUGUUGCACCUGAGGUUCUUAUGCAACAGGGAUAUGAUGCUGCUUGUGAUAUUUGGAGUUUAGGAGUCCUUUUUUACACAAUGUUGGCUGGCUACACUCCAUUUGCUAAUGGCCCCAAUGAUACUCCUGAAGAGAUAUUGCUGCGUAUAGGCAAUGGAAAGUUCUCUUUGAGUGGUGGAAACUGGGACAAUAUUUCAGACGGAGCAAAGGAUUUGCUUUCCCAUAUGCUUCAUAUGGACCCACGUCAGCGGUACACUACUGAACAAAUAUUAAAGCACUCAUGGAUAACUCACAGAGACCAGUUGCCAAAUGAGCAGCCAAAGAGAAAUGAUAUGUCACAUGUUGUUAAGGGAGCAAUGGUUGCAACAUAUUCUGCCCUGACUCACAAGACGUUUCAACCAGUCCUAGAGCCUGUAGCUGCUUCAAGCUUAGCCCAGCGACGGAGCAUGAAAAAGCGAACAUCAACUGGCCUGUAAGAUUUGUGGUGUUCCUUGGUUAAACUGGAUGAAGAUGAAAUUAAAUGUGUAGUUUUUUUUCCGAAUCUUAUCAAAGGCAUCGUUUUCUGCUAAAUUACUUGAAUAUUAAGUAAUAUAAGUCCCCAUUUUUAGGGGAAAUGAGAUUUAAAAAACCAUGCACAGGUCCACAAUAUUCAUAUUAUGUGUUUGCAGUAGUGUUCAAGUGUUCAUUUAAGCACAUAAUGGAUGUCCACCAGGUCAUCACAACUUCUCUGCACAUUAGCUUCUAAAAUUCCUUUUAAAUAAAGUUAAUUUAAUUUUUUUCUUGUUUCAUACAAUUAUGGUUUGGGGAAUCAUUACCAACAAUCAGUAUACAUAUAUAAUAGUACAAUGACAAGCAAUGUUAGUAUUUUUUAACAUCAGAUCCUGAAGGAUAGGCUUUUUUAAAAAAAGAAAAACAACAAAAACAUAUUGUAGAAGCUUGUUAUUCUGUAAAACCAAAGGACUCCAUUUAUUUGCCUCACUGUAGUUACUAAAAUGUAAACAUAGUGGUUUGGUGCCAGAGCAAAAUACAUUUGUGCUAAUAUAUUAAAUCUUGAUAUAGUUGGUGCCAAAGUUUUUAUAGAAGAAUUAUAUCACAGAUAAUGUGUUCAGGCAGAUCUGUAUAUUAUCCAUAAGUGGCCUCAUUAGAAAUAAAGGUUUUUUAUAAGGCUUCUGUAAAUUUUACAUCUAAUAGAAAUUUAGUACAAGUGAAACUUUUUUUUUGCCAAAGGCUUUAUACUGUUGGUGUAAUCUUCUAAAUAGGUCAUAGUUAAGCCUUUGAAAAUGAAGUAUGUGGUGUUGACACUAUCCUGGUGUUAUAUAAACUGAUUUUCAAGUUAACCAAUUGGAUUUAAUAAUCAUCUAUCCCCUUUAUAAAUGAACUACACUGUUGUUUUUCUGUCUUCAAUGUGCUUUGAAGUACAGCGUAGCAUAUUAUUCUUCCUUGAAUCCUAUGGUAAUACAGUUGACAUCUUACUAUAGUGGACUUGUGCAUAUAGCACACAUGAUAUAGUAUAAUGUAUUACAGUAAGCUUUAGACAAUGCUACUUAAUAGUUUGACUUCAUGAAGAUACACUAACAUUUUCAAUAUGAAUAAUAUUAAUGGUCUACAUGAAAUGUGAGCACAUUUUGAAAUCAUAUUUAUAAAAAAAUCUGGCCAAAUUGGUCUUAUUUAAUGUAUAAUUCAGAACCACUGUGUAGUAUGCAUUAUUUUUUCUAAAUGAUGGAAUGUUAAAGAAUCAUUUCACGUUGUUGAAGAAAAUACCAUUGCUACAGCAACAGCAGCAACUACUACUACUACUACUACUACUACUACUGACAGAAAGAGUUCAUGAAUGUAAACUGGAGGGUAUCACAGUUUUCUUUAGUGAAUAUAAGUGAACUACUUGUGUGUGUUAGGUGUGUUGUUUGCUAUGUAUUUUACUUUGUUUCAUUCAGAGAGAAAGUUGAUUACUGAGUGCUGAAGUAUACAAUUUAGGCUGGGAAACUUGUAACUUUGGUAUUUAAUAAAAUAAACUAUACAUAUUCUCUUUGUAAUGCAAAUAAUCUAUACUCCAUGCACAAAGACCUGUUUCCUGGGUGUGAUAUAUUAAAGUAUGUAUUCUUAUUUUGAGGUAUCUUUUUGAAGUAAUUGAAAGAGAUUAAAGAACAACUUAUGCCACAUGAAAAAUAAUUGCCUAGAAGUAGUUAGGUAUCAUGUCUUGUGGCUUUUUUAUGUUCCAUUUUGGAUUUUUCUUUUCUCAUUUGCUUUAUUACUGUUAUGUACUUGCAUGUAACAGUUUGUAUGCAUAUAUUCUGACUUAUUUUCCUCCUGUCAUUAUCUUGUGCUGUUAUGCCUUCUUCCUAUCAGAAUUGAUAUGUCAAAAUCAGAGGUGUGAUUUUGGUGUUGAAGUUUUCAGGACAGAGAUACUAUUUCCAUGGAUGCAUUUCAAGUAAUAAAAUUAGGGGAUGUGAAAUUGAGAAAUGAAAAAUGAUUACGAAAAACUUUCAGGUUUUCUAUAAUCAAUGACUUUAAAAAGUGGAUAGUCUUAAUUUUAAAUUAGCUUGCUCAUAAAGUUCAUGCCAUACAGUCCUAUCAUGAAAGGAACACUGUAAGUAUUAAGCAAUGAACAGUGUGAUUUCUGAUCACCUAAUGAGGAUUGACAGUAUAUAAAAGACACAGGUAUGCUACAGGAUGUGCCCAAUAAUUGUUUGAGGGUUUUCUACUGAAAAACUCCAAUAUACUAGCUUAACAACUGUAGUAGGAGGCAAACUUAUUGUAUGGGAAAGCUUCAAAUUAUACUGUAAUUUUGUAGAAGGAGCCCAGGUAAGGAUGGCUAAUCCUGUCCAGUUUGGCUAGAACUCUAUAGCCAAAAAUGCAGAUUUGAAUUGAAUAUUUUUUGAUGAGGCUUCCAUAAAUGCUUAACUAGUAAAAAACACAUUAUUUCUAAAAGACUUUAAAAUACUGUGGUUUCUAAUGGAUUCUUUAAUAAUUAUUUUGCAUUGUGUUUUUCUAGUUAAUGGUUUUUGGUAGUAUUUAAUGAUAGCACAGUUUGGGGGUUUUAUUGUUGUUCUUGAAGGGAGAAGAUAUUGAAUUUUUCUUAGAGAAAACAUCAGGUUUGCUCAAAUAGACUAACAAUCUGUUGUCCUUAAGCACGUAUUACCAUGAAUAAACUCAGGAAACAGUUUUCAAGAAAAUUAAAAUUCAGUGCUGGUGAUGGGGAUUUUUGUGGGAAAAAAAAACAAUGGUUUCAAGUUCUUUCACAAAGAUCAAACUUCUGCCUAUUUUGUUAGACUCAGCAAUGUCUAAACAUUGUUUUUUGUAAUUUAUUGUCAUUGGUAAUUCAACAUAAUAAAACAUUUUUGAUAGCA